CGACACUCUAACCGACCAACAAAGUAUUUAUAUAUCAGUAUAAAUCUUCCCCGCAAAAUAGAUAACUUUGAACCUUAAACCCUGUAUCCGCAUUUAGGGCUUUGUAUAUAUCGCAAUUUACUAUGGCUACUCAAAUACAAACAUACGACCCUGAUCAACUGGAACGCUAUCUGGAACGCAUCGGGUAUGCCGACUCGACCAGCGCUACUGGGGCCACCACGGGCAGACUUCACCAUGCCCUACAGUCAAGCCAAAAGGACCGCCUGGCGACCCUAACAGAGUUACAACGAAGACAUCUGGGCUCAAUCCCAUGGGGAAACUCGGCAUUGCAUUACUCGCAGCACCGAUCUAUUUCUGUUCAUCCCACAGCUGUGUUCGAGAAACUGGUAGUGCGACGUCUAGAUGGUUAUUGUAUGGAGAAUACCAACUUGUUCUAUAUCGUGCUACGUUCUCUUGGGUAUUGUGUUUACCCGACUGGUGGACGAGUGAGCCAUGCUGUGGCGGGUGGGAACCAGACUCCUGGUAGUGAACUCUAUAUGGGGUUAGGACAUAUGAUUCUCAUUGUGAUUAUCGAUGGUCAGAAAUACAUGGUUGACGUGGGGUUUGGCAACUUUGGCCCUACGAGACCAUUGCCGCUGAAAGAAGACGACACUGUCGCUGUAUGCAUGGCGCCGGCUGAAAUGCGUGUGGCCAAAGGUACGCCCCUCGAGUUCACCGACAGAAGCCAGAAGCUUUGGAUCUAUCAGAUCAGACAUAAUCCCGAAAGCAACUGGAUACCGCAGUACUCGUUUUCGGAGGUCGAGUUUUUACCGCAGGACUUCGUCACCCUGAACUAUUCUACUAGUCAUCGGCCGACUAGCUGGUUCGUGCAGGCUUUGGUGUGUACGCGGGCGAUUUUGGACGCCGCAGGAACGGAGCCGAUAGGCAUCUAUAUCCUGGCCGGGAAGGAGGUGAAGAGGAGACUACAUGGGGAGACAGAGGUCGUGGAGACAUUCGAAAAAGAAGAGGAUAGGGUCAAUGCCUUGGCCAAGUGGUUUGAUAUGCACUUUCUUGAGUACGAAACUGAAGGGAUUCGGGGCUUAGUGUCUGCGAUUAAAUAGAAGCUAGAACGGUCGAAUAAGAUUUUGACGGUUGGAACUACCCUGCAGCUUUUAUUUGCUGGCCUGGUAAUAUGGUACAAGAAG